AUGCUGCCCGUUGCUGCCUGUUGCAGCCCGUGCCUGUGCUGCCCGUUGCCGCCUGUUGCUGCCCGUGCUUGUGCUGCCUGUUGCCGCUCGUUGCUGCCCGUGCCUGUGCUGCCUGUUGCUGCCUGUUGCUGCCUGUUGCUGCCCGUGCCUGUGCUGCCUGUUGCCGUCCGUUGCUGCCUGUGCCUGUGCUGCCCGUUGCCGCCAGUUGCUGCCCGUGCCUGUGCUGCCCGUUGCCGCCCGUUGCUGCCCGUGCCUGUGCUGCCCGUUGCCGCCCGUUGCUGCCCGUGCCUGUGCUGCCCGUUGCCGCCCAUUGCUGCCCGUGCCUGUGCUGCCUGUUGCCGCCCGUUGCUGCCCGUGCCUAUGCUGCCUGUUGCUGCCCGUGCCUGUGCUGCCUGUUGCCGCCCAUUGCUGCCUGUGCCUGUGCUGCCCGUUGCUGCCUGUUGCUGCCCGUGCCUGUGCUGCCCGUUGCCGCCUGUUGCUGCCCGUGCCUGUGCUGCCUGUUGCCGCCUGUUGCUGCCCGAGCCUGUGCUGCCUAAUACUGCCUGUUGCUGCCCGUGCCGGUGCUGCCCUUUGCCGCCCGUUGCUGCCCGUGCCUGUGCUGCCUGUUGCCGCCCGUUGCUGCCCGAGCCUGUGCUGCCUAUUGCUGCCCGUUGCUGCCUGUGCCUGUGCUGCCCGUUGCCGCCCGUUGCUGCCCGUGCCUGUGCUGCCCGUUGCCGCUCUGCUGCUGCCCGCGCCCUCGUGCGCCCUGCUGCUACCCGCGCCCUCGUUCGGAACUUCUACUAUGUUCAGGUAUCAGAGUAG